AUGUCUGAUAGUUGUCAGAACUACGUGAGCCUGGGCGAUCUGCCGCUUUUCAGAGAUAUCAAAGAGGUGCUGGUGAUGGAGAAACAGCAGAACAAAACCGGCCGACCGGGAGAUGGGCCAAAAAUGGCCGAUAAGAGCAAGUCUGGAUAUAACGAAUCAAGUCCGGGACACCAUUAUAUCCCCCCGCUUUCCGCUUACAAUGCCAUCGAAGAGACACCAUACUUCCCCAGUGGAGCGAAGGACCAGCGGUUUGCAUUUGACGAGCUGACAAUGAGAACAGAUCAGGCCCAGCAGAGAUUGAACAGCGUGAGAACUCUCGGUUGGGAUUGUAUACGACCAAUAGGUGUGAAGGAAACAAUGAAACAAUUGCAGGAGAGACUUAAGAACCAAGAAAACUCGGCAAAGGCACGGGAGCCCGGAGACAUGCCAGCGCUCUCCGCGAUGCAGGAGAAUGGUGCUGAAGCUAUUGUAGGCUUCCAUGAGCUUGGCGAUGAAGCUGCAGCGCAUAUCGAUACAUCCAUUGGGGGGCAACUACAUGCGCAACCAGAAGAAGAGGACGAGGAUCUUUCGUACGACUAUGAUGCAGAGUUUGCUCGUGUUGAAGAGGAAGGAGACGACGAGGCGGGUGGUGAAUUGCGGGGCGUCGCAAUGUCUUUUAGGGCCAACAAUCCCUUAUCCAAUAGAGGGACCGAGAGAGAUGUUACUAUACAGCAGUUUGUUGAGACUUCUCAUGUCGAAAGACGACCUUACGAUUCACAGGAUGAGUAUGAGACCUCACAACUAAAUUUAGAUCCCGACCAGGGCGAGAGCAGAGAAUUUAUGGAGGUUCCUUGGGUUGAAGUUUCUGACACCGUUGAAAGUGUUGGCUCACGGCGGAUUAGUAGUUUGAACAGUGUGACGGGUCAUGUUCUGGGAAACCGACGCGAUCUAGGGCGUGAGAUAUAA